CUUGUUAGCACCGGUGAAACCCUAAAGAUAUGCCCUUGAGUAACCCAUGUGAGUCAGUAUAAGCCGGUAGCGAAUCUAGUUGGUCAAAAUAAUAGAUAAAUCGAAACCAACGUAAAACGGCUUGUUACAUCUACUUAUUUUAUUCUAAAAUACCCGACCUGAAACCCGGCUAGACUCUGCUAACAUGUCCCGGAACAGUAAGUCUCUGUUGUGUUUACUGCAGCGGUGUGUCGCAGUCAGAAAGUUGCCAACAGGCAUCACAACAUCACGUAGCAGCAGCGUGUUGUCUGCCGGGUCCAGCUUCUUUUCGCAGCCGACAUGGACAACCCGGCAAGUCUGUCCGCAGCAGCUCUCAGUGAGACCCAGCCAGUACCGCUUCUGUACCAAAGCAGGAGAAACGCAGGAAGAUGAAUACCCGCCGUUGACGCCCUAUCAUCCUGAACCAGUACCAGAAAAGAAGGAAGUGUACUUCAUGGAGGUUAGAGGGCUCCCCUGGUCAUGCUCCACGCAGGACCUCCUGCAGUUUUUCUCAGAGUGCAGGAUCCUUGACGGGGAGAGGGGGAUCCAUAUCGCUGUGGAUACGCAGGGGCGGGCGUCGGGAGCAGCCAUCAUCCAGAUGGAGCACGAAGACGAUGUCAGAAAGGCUCUGGAGAAGCACCGACAGUACCUCGGCCCGCGAUAUGUGGAAGUGUAUGAAGUGAAUACCAGCGACGCUGAUGAAAUCCUGAAGAAAGCCAUCAAAGUUCCAUCUGAUUUAGGGGUUGUGCGUAUCAGAGGUCUCCCCUUCUCCUGCACCGAGAACGACAUUGUCCAAUUCUUUUCAGGUUUGGAAAUAGUGGGGAAUGGGAUCACCUUCGUCAAAAACCGCAGAGGGAAAAACUCUGGAGAGGCCUAUGUGCAAUUUUCCUCCAAAGAAGCAGCUGAUGAAGCUCUGCAGAGAGACAGAGAGCUCAUCGGACACAGAUACAUCGAGGUGUUUCCCAGCUCUACUGACCAGAUCUAUUCGAGUUGGGUGGGCAGGAGUAACACCGGCACUCAGUCCGCAAACAGGAAGACGGCCUUUGACUCACAGAGCAAACAUGGAUCCCCCCAGAGUCACCACAUCCACAUGAGAGGACUUCCUUACCAGGUGUCAGCAGAAGACAUUGUUAAGUUCUUCGCUCCUCUAGUUGUGUCUAAAAUCACCAUUUCGUGCAGUCCUGAAGGGAGGCCGAAUGGAGAGGCCGAAGUUUACUUCAACUGCCACCAGGACGCCUUGACCGCCAUGUCCAGAGACAGAGAUUACAUAGGACAAAGAUACGUGGAGUUAUUCCUGAACUCUUCAGAAAAUUGAAGGUGAAGGCCGACCCAGAAGCCAUGAACACACAUACAUUACACAGGACUAUUUAAUUUAUGUUCAACCCUAUUUGGACUUCAAACAAUAAACAUUCCUUGUGUCAAAUCAAAAAUAGCUUUGUACCUGGAUAUUGUGUGUGAUUGGCUUAGAUUUGCUUUAAAUCUUCCAUAAUGAUGCAUGCUAAUGUACUUUGCAGGAAAGCCUGCAAUGUCUCAAGUGAGAUUUUCCAAAAUGAGGAGAAACUGCACCUGAUGUUUCAAUAUCACUUAAAGCUAACCAAACUUAAGAAAGCAUAUGAGCUUCCCCUUUUAGUAUAACACCAUUGUAUUUGAGGCUCUUAAAGUAACAACAUGAUUCUUGGCACAUUAGGUACCACGCUGGUUGAUUCAGCUUUGAGAUAACACCCAAACAUGUAGAUCUAUAUAUAUUUUGCUGGUCUUUAAACUUUUAGCCAAUCGAAUCUUUAAUAAAGCUAAAAAGUUAUGAAUUUGCAGACAGAACUUGUGCUUUGCAAAAACUAGCAUCUAAAGUGAUUUGUGUUUCUUCAGAAAUAAAAAGGUUGAUUUGAAUGUUAAAACUAAUUGCAGAUACAUUUUGUCAAGCUGUUAUGGUGAACCAAAUAUAACUUAUUGUCAGUCACCCACUUUUACCUAAGAGCUUUUUAUCUAUUCUGAAAUAUGUUUCUGUACACAAAAUAGCUCAAAGCAAUAAAGAAAACCAUGCAAACUGAA